AUGGCCAACGCGGGAUCCCGGCGCGAGUACGAGACGUUUGCGGCGUCGCAGGUGACGGACGCCAUGCUCGAGGAGGCGGCGGCGCUCUUCAGCGAAAACUACGGCACCUGGGGCGCCAAGGCGGAGCAGCCGGGCAAGCCGGUGACCAUGACGGCGCACCGGCUGCGCGACGAGUUCCUGCCGGCCGGGGCGGACGCGUCGUACACGCGCGUCAAGGUCGACGGGCAGCCGGCGGGCCACGCGCUGGCGUGCCGGUGGAAGCACGGCGGGCAGAACGUGUGCUGGAUCACGCAGCUCGUCGUGGGCGAGCGCUUCCGCACGCACGGGCUGGCGCGCGGCCUGCUGACGACGCUGCGCGAGCACUCGGACGACGUGUACGGGCUGGCGAGCUCGAACCCGGUCGAGUGCCUGGCGGCGGCGAGCUCGUUUGGGUCGCACAUCCAGCUCCUCUCGCUCGACUACAUCAAGAGCAACGCCGAGGCCGUCAUGAAGUCGUCGCCCAUCCCGUACGUGCGCGACGCCAAGCUGUGCGGCAAGCUCUUCGGCGACGCCUCGUCGGGCCUCGUCGCGGGCAUCGACUCGCGCUUCUUCGUCGACCACGCCGAGCCCAUGCAAGCGCUCAAGGAGAUCAAGCAGCACUGGGACUGGCCGCUGGGCGACCUGCCCGAGGGGUGCGAGUACCUGGUGGUGAUGCCGAGCACGCGCGUGCGCCGCCACUGA